GCCAGUCCCUCUGCAUCCGAGCGUUUGUUUGGUUUUCCUCCUUGUCGUCGUCUGUGCGUGCAAGUUCGCCGGUAGCCGAGACUGCACAGUGAGUCUUGGCCGACGGGCGCAGCAGUACUAGUGGACCUGCGGGUGGUGAUGGAGACUCGCGAGGGAUCGGUAAUGUGACGCGCAAGGAUCGGCGUCGAGAAGUGCAGUAGCGAGCGCGCGCGAGUGCCACUGGAGAGCGGCGUCGGGACACGACAACGACGACGACGACGACGACGAAGGAAGCUCGCAGGAACGCGCAAGAGAAGUUGGCCGGAUGAAAAUGACGUCGACUAGGACGGGCGCUGCUGCCACACGGCCGGGCUCGAGCUGCCCAGCGUCGCCAUCUGGCUACUAGCCGAGCCGAGCAGUCUCCGGUUGAUGACCGGCUGGCCGCUCCUCGUCUCACGAGCAGCCCUCGAGCUUCCUUUGCUCUUCUCCGCCGCGCAGUGCUGCGCUGCCCGUGGAACUCAGCUGCUAACUAAAGAGACCGAGUGGCGCGCGAGGAUGUAGAGAGGAUAAGCGCGUCGAUCGACCAGUCAACCGGGCAAUACUCAGCGAGCGAACCAAGGAAUACUUAAGCGAUCAGCGAUGGACCUGACCGAGGCGUUUGCGCCUAGCCAGGCGGGCGGCGCGACGGCCGCCGAGGAGAAGACCACGGAUUACUUCGACUUCGUGGUGUCGCCAGAGCCGCACGGCGACGCCAACGACGAGGAGCACUUCCUGCACAGAGCCGGCUGCCGGACGACGAUAAGCUUCCUGAACGAGGCUCGCCUGCACGACGGCUUCAUGCAGAAGGAGACCAACAACAACACGCUGACGGCGCUGCCGCCGGUGUCGACGAUCACCGGCUCGCUCGGCCACAUCGCCCACCACAACCAGAGGAACCGAUGCGGCCUCGGCGCCGACGAGCCCGUGCCCAUGGACCAGUCGGACUACUGGGUGAGCGAGGACGCCAAGGAGCAGACCUGCAGCAUCCUCCUGGAGGACCUCAACAAGUACUGCUGGACCACGCAGCCGGGCUCCGCCGGCGGCGACCACCACGCCGGCGCCGGCCUGCUCGACCAGCGGCGGGGCUCGCCGCUGAGCGGCACGCUGCAGGUGCAGCAGCAGCAGCAGCAGCAGCAGCAGCAGCAGCAACAGCAGCAGCAGCAGCGCCAACGCCAGCAGCACCAGCAGCGCGACGUCGAGGACCGACAAAACACCGACGGCGCCAUCUACACGCUGACGGUGCUCAACUCGGAGGCCAACUCGAUGGACGGCCUGGAGAACUGCUGCAAGAGCCCGGGCGGCGGCCCCGUGGGCUCGGGCCCCGACAGCUGGCGCCCCAGCAACCACCUGGACCUCGACGCCAUCCUCAACAUGGAGAGCAGCGUGAGCAUCGGCGCGGACGGCGGCGGGCCCGAGGCGAGCGGCGUGGACCCGGCGGCCACGGCCCUGGCCGCGGCCGCCGGCCAGUUCGACGAGCAGCCGGGCUUCGUGCACCAGGUGAAGGCCGAGGUGGGCGACAACAACAACGACUGGAAGCUCUCGGACCGCAACUCGCUGCAGGAGGGCGAGUCCGCCGCCGAGAGCCUGCUGCGGAACGCCCUUCAGGGCAAGCUCUACCCCGGCACGGCGAGGAUCCUGACGGGCGGUGACGUGCAGCAGCAGGUCAAGGACGAGCAGCUGCAGCCCGAGGAGCUGCUGCUCUCGCAGCUGGACGUCGACGGGGCCUACCGGAGCGCCGACUACGAGAAGCUCAAGAGCAUCGCCAGCGAGGUCGUCGAGUCCUACUGCAACCUCGAGCCGGCGGUGUGCAGCGUGCCCGGCACCACGGUCAUGUACACGCUGGACCCGGCGAGCGGCAGCCUCGGCACCAUCACUCUGCCCGCCGACCUCGCGCAGGUCGGCACCGUCACUGUCGUCACCACCGCUCCGCCCCCGCAGGACGUGCUGCUGCAAGACACUCGGCACGGCGAGCAGCAGCAGCAGCAGCAGCAACAGCAACAGCAGCAGCAGCAGCCGCAGCAGCAGCAGGUCGUGCAGUCGGCGGCGCCGGCGAGUCAGCAGCAGCAGACGGCGAACGCGGCCACGGCGCAGCUGCAGAUCGCGACGAGCGGAGGCGGCCGAGCGAGCGGCGGCGGGGGCGGCGGCGGCGGCGGCGGCGGCGGCGCCAAGCCGGCCAAGAAGUACGUGCGGCGCUCGAAAGCCAACAGCGGCGCGAACGGCGGCGCGGGCGGCGCCGGCGGGGCCGCCGGGCCCGGUGCCAACGCGAGUCCCGGCGGUGGGUCCGGCUCGCCGGGCAGCGGCAGCGCCUCCACCGUGACGACGCAGCGCAAGGAGCGCUCGCUGCACUACUGCAGCAUCUGCAGCAAGGGCUUCAAGGACAAGUACAGCGUGAACGUGCACAUCAGGACGCACACCGGCGAGAAACCCUUCUCGUGCUCGCUCUGCGGCAAGAGCUUCCGGCAGAAGGCCCACCUGGCCAAGCACUACCAGACCCACGUGACGCAGAAGCCCAGCAGCGUGGCGGCCCAGGCUGCGCAGGCGGCGGCCGCGCAGGCGCAGGCCAGCGCGCAGGCCAACGGCACUGCGCCCGCCAGUCCCGCGUCGCAGGGCCAGCAGCCCGUGGUCGCCGAGCAGAUCGUCGCCGCGGCCGCCGACUCGCAGAUCGGCAGCUAGCGAGCCUGCCCAGCCGCGCCUCCUCCCGACUGAGCCUCGGCUCGGCCGAACGCUCGCUCGCUCAGCGCCUCGGCGCCGGUCCAAGUACAAAUCGGCAGCCGCUGCUCUGCCGCUCGCUCGCCUAUCUCUCUCUCUCUCUCUCUCUCUCGACCUCGCGGGUGCGCUCAGCGCCUCCGACCUCGACGAUCGGAUGGCUCGUGCCCGCUUCACCGGCCGCCGUGCUAGUUUAUGUUAAUCAGCGACCAAACACAUUCUAAUGGCGAAUCGUCAAUGAUGAAGCUUUACACCUGACGCAGCCCCGUCGCCGUCUCAAUUGUGCCUACGGACGGCUCUGAAGCUCUAUCACUGCACCACCAAGAUUGACAGCAAAAUACUCAUACCCAACAGAUUGUACUGACGUUUAAUCCCCUGUUCUGUAAAUAAUUACGUAUCAAUUUCAAGAAAAUUUAUGAGAUUUUUUCCAAAUCUUUGACGUUAUACGAAUCCUCUUUUACAGGAUUCAAAGCGAUCUGAAACAUUGCCAAUCACAUGACAUUUUA